GGUCUCAGCUGAUUGUGACGUAUGUGGACGUGAUGCUUCAAGUCUGAAGUUUGUAUGGUGGAUGUGAAAACGUUUUGCAGGCUGCAGGCAUUUUAGCCCAGGCGUUUCAUUAUAAUGUAAUAUUAUUUAACAAAUUCGGAGUGUGUAGUUCACUUUCGAACAUAGUUCAAGACUUGUGCAAUCUGUGAUCAACAACUUUCACAAGCGUAGCGUUUCGGGAAACAAAUUCUAGUUGUAGCUCGGUAAUAGGAGGACAGCAUCAUGUCUCACUACAGUGACGCCGAGGACUCCAUCAGUAAUGAUUUUUCGGAAUUGGAGGGACUUAGGAAAAGGAACAUCUGGGAUCCUGAGGUUGAAUCUAUAACUUCGGAAAUCAAGGACCUUUUGGAUGAAGAUGUAAAUUCAUUGGUGGAAGAAGACUGUGUAGGAUGUCCACUGCCCUCAACGCCGGAGGAUGAAAACUUCUUGGAUUCUGAGAUGAGUGACGUACUAAAAGCGGCGGUUCUAGUAAACCUGCUUGCAAUUGCAGGCGACGAGCUGGACAUCUCCGCCUUGGCCCACAAUGCGGCCACACAAGCGGAACACGUGGUCAGGAAGAUGAUUCAGGCUGGAUGGUCCUGCUGCCAUUUCAACAAUCUGCCCGCCUGGUUGCAGGACAACGACUUCCUGCAUUUCGGCCAUAGGCCGCCGCUACCCAGUUUCAAGGCGUGUUUCAAGAGCAUAUUUAGGAUUCAUACGGAAACGGCCAAUAUUUGGACGCAUUUGCUGGGAUGUGUAGCAUUUAUAGGAAUAGCCAUCUACUUCUUAAUGCGUCCCGUCAUCGAAAUUGAACUGGAAGAGAAGAUCGUCUUUGGAGCAUUUUUUGCUGGGGCCAUCAUUUGCCUAGGCUGUUCCUCAUUGUUCCACACAUUGAACUGCCAUUCACAAUUCAUCGGAAAACUAUUUUCGAAGCUGGACUACUGUGGUAUUGCUUUAUUGACUAUGGGUUCGUUCGUGCCGUGGCUGUACUACGGAUUCUAUUGUCAUUUCAAACCGAAAGUAGUCUACUUAUCGAUAGUCUGUGCUUUGGGCAUCACGAGCAUAAUAGUGAGCUUAUGGGACAAAUUCUCGGAAUCGGAGUGGCGUCCUUUCAGGGCAGCCGUUUUCAUGACGUUCGGCCUUAGCGGUGUCGUUCCAGCCAUCCAUUACGGAAUAGUCGAGGGAUGGUUCAAUUACGUCAGUCAGAAGUAUCUUGGCUGGUUGGUGCUCAUGGGAGUACUGUAUAUUAUAGGGGCCAUGUUCUAUGCACUCAGGGUACCAGAGAGGUGGUUCCCUGGCAAAUUCGACAUCUGGUUCCAUUCGCACCAAAUCUUCCACGUCUUCGUCUUAGUUGCAGCUUUGGUCCACUACCACGGCAUUUCAGAGAUGGCGAUGUACAGGGUCACGAUAGGUCAGUGCGAGAUAUCCAACUCGUUAAUAUACUAGAAGAAAAUUCGUAACUAUCAUAAUCAUCAAGUAGCUGUGAAUUUAAAUAGGAUUUCGUGACCUGAUGACCGAAUGUUUGCUUGUCGGUCGGCAGGUUGUGAAAUCGGAGAUACCUGCCAUGCAGUUUUGAGAGAACUAUGCUGGUAGGAGCAAGUGUCAAACUGUAAAGGAUACUCUCAGUAUUUUAAUGCUUAUAGAAAGGGGUUUUCAACAAUUAGGUCGCGUCCAUGAAAUCUUUGCAUUUAAAUAUUGCGUUAAACAUGCGAUUUCAAACUUUCAUCAACAUUUUUCAUUUUAGUACUUGAUUGAUUUUCAAAAGUUUCGUAAUUUAUAUAUACUUUUAUUUUUAUGUAUGUUUUGUGUAUUAGUGUGUUUCACUAUAGACUUGAAGUUGGUCGAAAAUGGGUGUAAUUUGGACAAAAAUGCAAGAAUUGCAACCUGGGUUUUUAACGAAAAAAGUACUAAAAUGAAACGGAAAAUGUUAACGAAGGUUUAAAAUUCAUAUGAUCUAAAACAUUUAAACACAAACAUUUCAUAGAUACACUUAACUUGAAAUUUGAGUUAUUUUCAUGGCUGAAAACCUCGCUUAUAGACCCUUUUCUACAAUCUUUUGCGUUCAGUUUAUAUGAAAUGUUAUUAAACAUCUCUGCAAUAUAAGCUUUCUUAAGCAGAGCUCAUGGAAGCCCUGAAGCUGUCAAAACGCUUUAUAACAUUUAAUAUAUUAAGCCUUAACAGAUACAGUAUUUUAAGUAAAAACACCCCAAAAUAGGAAUAAUUUAUUUUCUGGGUCUUUUUUUUCAUACCUUCUGUGAUAAUUAAUACAUUUUAACACUAUGUUAUGUUCAUUCAGUUUUUAUUUAGAGUAUAAUUUUUAAAAUGAUUAUAUGAACCGGUAUUCCAAUUUCACCUCUAGAUGUCUAUAACGUUGACAUACGACAUUUGAACUACCAGAAAUGUUCUACUCGAAAAUUGUAUUGCGCGUAUAAAUUGUGGUAUAUCGAAGAAUGUUUGUUAAAUGUUUAUAUGAAAAAUAUAUAUUAAGAGCAUAAUAUUAAAUAACAAAAUGGGUCACCAACGCAUGGCAUUUUGCACUUUUGUUGACUAAAUUGAGGAUUAGUUUUGCUGUGCAAUUCAACUUGGACAUUAAGGUUUACCGGUACUUUUUGGAAAGAUGCAUAUGCGGUAUCGUGUUUAUUGAUCAUUGAUGUUUAUAAUUGCAGUCUAAAAAUUACCAGCUCCUUAAUGAUCAAACGUCGCUAUUAUGAUAAUUUGUAGAGGAGAAGUAGCCAUAUUUGUUUGAACAGCACUGUAUGGGCCACCUCAAAAAUGAAAAAUAAUGUGUUUUUGUAUCAAUUUUUACAUGAAUUAUAAAAGACUUAGCCACAUUUAAAAAAAAUGUGACAUUUUUGAGGAAUUCCUUACGUUGAUAUCAUUAUUAGGGUUGAAUAUAUCGUACUGGGUAUAAAAUGAUCAACUGCUUCUAUAUUCUAAAUAUAUUCAUGUUAAUGUGCAAUUCUUCAAGCAUUACACAUAAUAUGCCCUAUAUUCCUUUCAUAUGCUUGCGAAAUUUCUCUUGUGUACCUUCUUAUAAGAACUAUUAGUAUUUGUUAACAAAGCCGUUUUGUGAUGAAGAGAGCAUGUCAGAAUAACGACAUAAAAAUCGCAAUUAAAUCAGAUGAAGAAAUAUGUAAGUUUAUUAUUUACAUCCAUGAAGCUGCAAUGAACUUUUAGCGCGUAUGGCUAACUUAAAAUUGGGUUAUUGUGAUUAUAUCGUAAGCAUCUACUAUGUUAUUUAAUGAAGCUACUAAAUUAUAUUACAGGCUGUAGGAAAGGUUUUAUUUUGCUGUUCUGACAUGCACUUUAGCAGUACACUUCCUAAAAUUUUAUACAGGGUGUCGUGAAACAAGCUAACCAAACACCGACAUCUGAGCGUCAUCAAGACAUGCUGUAUAUUUUUAAUAACACCCAUGGACUUUUUAUCUGAAUAUUAAAAAAAUGAAAAAUUGCAAUAAAAAAUAUAUUUUGCUAUUGUAUGUCGACGGGAAUAAAAUUUAAAACAGAUUAUUUAGCGUGAUGUUUUUUCAAAGUUUCUUCUCAGUUUGUGUUGUUUUUUUGUCUUGGAUAUUUCCAUUGACUAUAAUUUGUAAAUAGCAGUUCUUUAUUUGGUAUCGUCAGUGAUUAGUCAAAUAUAUAGUCCUACAAGAAAGUUGUUUUUGAAGCAAACUAUAAUAGCUGACCAUGCACAUAUAGUACGUUCUUUGGCGCGGAAAAUUGUGGCAUCCAAGAAACGCUAUUACAUUUUAGCAUAGCCUCUAGUAUUGCUCACACGUUUGGGGUGCUGCCACCCCGACUACAUUAUUUAUGCUCGGUGCUGUCCAGAGGAGGGUUGUUCGACUGAUCGAUAACUCUUCUCAACAGACAUCAGUCUCGGGACCCUUUUGCCGUCUGCGAUCUAGCUCUCUUCUACCGCUACACCAACGGGUUCUGCUCCUCAGAGCUCUCAUUCAUGGUACCGCCGCGCGAUGUGCCUGCCAGGCAGACCCGCCUGACUUUGACUAUCCAUCCGUGUCGUACUUCGUACAUCCAGAACUGGCCGAUACGACCGCUCCUUUGUCCCGAGUUUAUCGAGAUUGUGGAACAAUCUACAAGAGGAAGCUUUUCCUAGUUCUCCUAACCUUAGGCAGUUCAAAAAUCAGAUUAACAAAAUUUCUAAUCGUCACUUACAAAUGCCCCACGAUUUUACGUCUGAAAGAACGUCUGCGUGGGGAUAGCUGUUGUCGAUGAUAUUAAAUAACUAUCAAUAAAAAUUUGCUUUCUGUUCAAAACAAGUACAAUCUGUAGAAAUCAAAUAUGCGAUAAAAACAAAACACAUAAUUUGUGUUCCUUACCGCAUUUUUUGCAAAUAUACCUAAAUCACAUUUUUUUCUAAAAAAAAUAACAGUUCAUAGAACUGGUUGUACACCCCAUUUUUGAAAAUUCGCUAUAAAGCACAGCAGCAGGUGGCUAAUUUGAAUAAUAGGACAAUAUGCUUGACUUUUCUCAUUUCCAAGAGUAGACUGGUUUUACUAGAAUAUGGAUCACUUGAAUAAUAAAUGGAUGUUUCCAAAGAUUCAUUUAGUUUAUGUCUAAUAGUAUGCAUAAAACCAAUAUAUUACUUCAUUCUACUUUAUUAUGUAUCAAAAACUCAUAAAAUAAAUUUUUAACAAAGUGGUGCAUAUUUUAGUGUCAUUUUUGUUCCAAUUUUUGAUUUUGAUAUUUAUUGUGAUUGCUUUAUUGUAGAUAAAGAUACCUGUUUUGAAUUAUAAAAUGUACCUAAUGUUAAAUAAAUGAAUCAAAGUAA